AUCCAGUCAUCAUUCAUCAUCCUUCUUCCCAAGGACCAAAAGGAAAAGGGAAGAGUAUAAUUUAUAGAUUGUCUCUCCCUUGUUUCCCUUCUUCUUCUUCUUUCUCCCCCUUUGUUAUGUCCUCUAAUUAUGAUCCAAUCUGUUCUUCCUCUUCUGGGUUUCUGUCCCCUUCUCCUUCUUCCUUCCGCCACCGCCGCCAGCAGCACCACCGUUAUCUCCGCCGCAGCCACCUCCACCACCACUGCCGGCAGCUCUCCCUCUUAGAUCGGAUCCCUUCACAUCAACCCAUGAGAAAUUGAAAGCCCCAACUUCACAAAUCUCUCUUUCCCUCUCUCAAAUGCAUUAAAUUAAUCAAAAGUGAAAAGUUCCCUCCUUGCACCUCUUCGCCAUUAAUUAAACAUUUCAUUGUCAUCCCCGCCAUAAAUUUUCAACUGGGUUCCAAGAAGAAGGAGGAAAGGUUCCAGCUUUGAGUUGAAUUUCGGUUUUUGGUUUUUUCCCUCCCUCUGGGUUUGUUGGAGAAAGAGAAAUGGGGAAUGUGACGUCGAACGUGGCGGCGAAAUUCGCCUUCUUCCCGCCGGACCCGCCGACGUACGACGUGCUGGAGGAGGAAGAAGGGAGGCUGGUGGUGCCAGGUGUCACGGCGGACAAGAACAUGGAUGUCCAUACGUUGGAUACCAAAGCUGGGAACAAGGUUGUGGCCAUGUUCUGGAAGCACCCUUUUGCCAGAUUCACCCUUCUCUAUUCCCAUGGCAACGCCGCCGACCUCGGCCAAAUGCAUGAGCUCUUCAUCGAGCUCAGGGCUCAUCUCCGAGUCAACAUCAUGUGCUAUGACUAUUCAGGGUAUGGAGCAUCUUCUGGAAAGCCAUCUGAGUUGAACACAUACUAUGACAUCGAGGCAGUGUACAACUGCUUGAAGGAUGAAUAUGGGGUGAAGCAAGAGGAACUGAUACUCUACGGACAGUCUGUUGGCAGCGGUCCGACGCUUCAUUUGGGUUCUCGGUUGCAUAACUUGAGAGGAAUAGUGCUUCACAGCGCGAUCCUUUCAGGUAUCCGGGUACUGUACCCUGUCAAGGUGACGCUUCCAUUCGACAUAUUCAAGAACAUAGACAAGAUUCGACAUGUCAGCUGUCCAGUUCUUGUCAUUCAUGUGAGUCAUUUUCUCUGUUUUUUACUAUGUUUCCAACUGUGAAGAUUGUUUGAGGCUUUUUGAAAGCUUGAUUCCUUGGGAUCCCCUUCACAAUGUUUGGAUUCAUAUGCACAUAAUUCAGAAAGGUCAAUUCAUAAAUGGUCAUUGAACUUUGUUUUUAACUAGUCAUUGAACUUAUUACUAAUAUUAUAGUCAUUAUGUUCAUCUAACACCUUGUCAACUGACAUAAAGUUUACUGUUCGAUCCGUUAAUGACCCUAAAGUUCAGUGAUUGCUUAUGUAAAAUGAUAUGCUUCCAUACAAAGGAAUAGGAUCACGUUGCUUCUGAGCAUUUGUUUCCUUCCCUAUGUUCUUGAGGUAUCUAUAUAUCAUCGAUGACAUCUUCUAUCUACACUCCCAUCGAAUUUUCAGGGCACGAGCGACGAGAUUGUCGAUUGGUCUCACGGGAAGCGCCUUUGGGAGCUCGCAAAGGAAAAGUACGACCCUCUAUGGGUCAAGGGUGGUGGCCACUGCAACCUCGAGACAUACCCUGAGUUCAUCAAGCACUUGAGGAAGUUUGUCAACGCGAUGGAGAAGAUCGCCAUAACGAAGCCAACAAAGCAAGCCAGUGCUGAACCAGCUAUGGAGUCCAAGCAGAGCAAGUGCUUGAGAUUCGGGUUGAAAAGCCGCGUGGAGCAGCCAUCUUAGUGUUGGAUGGUGGAAGAAGAAGCAGCAGCAGGAGGUUAGUUUCCAUUGCUAUGGGGUAAGCACCAGCCAAAAUCAAGAUUUGAUGCGGUUUUUUCCUGAAGUCCCAGCAAUUCACAUGGCCAUUGAAUUGAGAGAAGUGUUCAUGUGUAUAACCAUUUUUGUUGUGGGAAAGGGGAGCCAACACAAGGUUGGUGUCUGGUGUUUGAGAAUUGAAUGUGGCUUGCUUGUUCUGUGAGGGAAAAGGAAUCCAAUAUAGGUGUUGAUUGAUCAUUUAGUUUUGUUGUGUAAUGUUAUGAAAGUUAGUUCUGUUGUUUUUUUGUUUUUGUUUGUUUGUAAAGAAAAGAAAGAUAACAAAAAAAUGGUAUCUUUUUACACUGCUUGGCUACCUAGCAACCAAGAUACAAAGUCGAACCUUGUGGGAGUGAAAUGA